AAAACUAGCUCGAACUCCGAAACCAAGAGAACAAUCCAUUAUCCUGUUAUCACAUUUAAUCCAAACCCUUUUUCUUCGCAAAAUAACAACACCAAUAUGCGCAGUAUCCGGAGCAAAAUUUUUAGCAACAAACGGUUGGAUCGACUUAAGAAAUCCAUCGGAUACAGAUGUUCCAUUUCGAUUGUAUCGAGACGAAGGCAGAACGUUCCUACAGUGGGAAGGUGAACCAGUUCUUAGAAAUAGAAUCGGUGGCCGUUUAGUUCUGGUGUAUUUGAUGUGCAGAGAAUUAAAUUCCUUAAAGAAUCAAGAUAAUAAUGGUAAUAUAGAAGGAGAAGUUUUUGCUAGAUGUGUCUCAUUUAGAGUGGCUGGAAAACCUUUAAAAUACACGAGUAAUAUUAGUGAAGUUGUAUUUUCACCAAACAUUCAAUCAUCAGAGAAUUCAGAUGGAACGGGUUUGAGCGUCUCAGAAAUAGUAGCGAUAGGUGUAUGUUCGGUUCUUCUUGGAUUAAUUUAUGUGGCAUCGGUUUUUUUAUAUCUCCAUAUAAGAAAGCGAAGGAAGGAUGCCGAAAAAAAAUUGGAUGUUCGAGAAAAUUCAACGAUAACAAACGUAGAGGAAGGAAUUGUUAAAAAUAAUCCUUUGUUAGGUUUAGGAAGACACUUUGUGGCGCCUGAAACAACAUACAGCGAUACUACGGAAUCAGAUACUGAAGUAACGCCGGAUAUUUUACAGAACCACGAAGACAGAAAGAAAAAUUUACAGAUUACAUCUGCUUUAGUUCAUUCAUACCGACACGAAGUCAUUAAUCCGUACUCUUCCCUUCAUACUUUGGAAUCUUAUCAUCAAGAUUCUUCUUCAAUUGAAAGACUGCCAGAAGAAAAUGUUUCUAUUGUUGAAACUUUAGAAGCUCGUGAAGAUCGGCCGGAUAAUGUUAAAGCUAUUGGAACGACAAGAAAAAAGUUGUAUUUUAAUCCAGCUUAUUUUGAUCCUCAUUUACUUCAGACCCCUCCACCGGCUGCAAUAGAAUUUUUAACAAAAAUCAGAGAAGUUAUUACAAUUGCAAAACAAAAAAUGUCCGCAAAGAGAUUUACGCCGAAUUUGCUGGGAAUCCCGGAGGAAGAUAAUUUUUACUCAAUAGAAACAUCAAAUGAAUACCCUCACAGUUUGAACAGCCGAAGAGGCAGUUUAAUCAGCUUAAAAAGAGAAAAUAGCCGAAGAAAAACGUGCGCCGGAUGCCCAGAUUGUCAACCGAGAGAUUUUCGCUCUUUAUGCGGCAAAUUACCAGAAUACCCUUCAAUUGUUGCUUGUGAAAGUUGUUCGGGAUCAUCGGAAAGUAAACAAAAUAGUAUCAGGAAGUGGUUGGAGGAUAUCCCUACAUUAAAAAUCGAUAACAAUGAAGAUAUCUCAAAAUCAGUGCAAUCCUUGCCGAUUAUUUCCUCUCCGAAGCGAAUUAGAUCACCAACAAGAUCGCUACCAACCCCAAUUUCAAUAAAUAAUUCCGUUAAAUCUCCCUGCUCCGAAAGAAAAUCCCCGAAAUCGACGACAUCAUCACAAAAUUCAAGCAAUUCCGGAAAAAUCAAAAUAAUGCGAAAACCUAUCAUAAAACCAAAAGCACCUCCACCACCUUUACCGAUUUACGCGCAAGAAAAUCAAUACGACACAAUAAAAAAUGUUGAAAAGAAAGAUAAUUUACCACCCCCCGAUAUGAUACACGAAGCUUUAACAGUCGAAGAAGAAACGAGAAUUCCAACGAUAACAAAAAAGAAAAUGAACGCUGUCAUAAACGAAUUUUUAACAAAAAGUUUAGAAACGAAUUCAGAUAUUUCUAAAAAUCCGAUCGAUUACGAAACUGAUAGUUUGGAGAGGUCAUCAAGAAACAAAGGAUUUAGCACGCCCACCGAAUACGGCGACGUUUCUUCGUCUCAUCCAAGUCCGAGUUUAAGUGCAGCUUUACCGAUGGACGAAGAAAUGACAAUGCAAAAUGCAAUCAUUAACACAAAAACAGGCGCAAUGACUAUCUCUAAAUUAAACAUGAAUCUGAUUAAAAACGAAGAAGAAAAUGAUUACGAAUUGAUUGUGCUCAAAAAAGGUGACAUUUACAACCUCCCCGAAUUAUUACAAAGAGGUAAUCUAGUAAGUGAGGUUUAUGUUAAUAACGGUUAUAAUUAUGGAAGCGCGGAGUCAUCAAUAAGCUCAAAUUGUUCAACAUUAGAAAGUAAACCCCCUAAAGUUAGAUACGAAAAUAACAAACCAGGACAUCUUUUAAUCGAGGUCGAAGAUUGCGCCGAUAAUUACAUAAGAGUAGAAGAUUCCGACGAAUUUGAAGCUGAUACUUUAGAUAGAAAAUCAAAUAAAUUAUCUUCAUUACAAAAAGAAAUUAAAAUAGACAACGAUGACUAUAUCGACUCCUUAGAAAGACCUAAACAAUUUCAAUUAAAAUCAAAGGGAAGUUUCAAAAACGAUAGCUUAAUCUCAAUUGAUAUAAACGAAGGGAUAAUAAUGACUAAUUUUAAUCGAUCUUUUGGGAGUUUAAGGGAAAUUUAUGAGGCUAAAACCAAAAAAAAUCCCGACGAAAACGAUAUCAAUAAUUGGAAAGACUUAAUUGGGGAUGAUUUUGAAGGAAGAAUUUUAACCUUAGAAGAGCGACACUCAAAAAGACAAAGAAAAAAAGAUAUUGAAAUUGUUAAUGAUGUCCCACCGGAUGUGAUACCACCGAUUAAUAACGAUUAUUCAUCCCCUAUUUAUGAGCAUCCAAAACCACCGAGAAAAGUGAUAAGAAAUAAUAGCGUAAAACCACCUCUUCCUCCAAAAACGGUUUUGAAACGAAAAGAAAUCGAACCUAAUUAUGUAACGCCGAUUAAACAAAACGAAAAUAUUGGUAAUAAAAUAAACAUUGAAGAGGAACACAAAGAAAAAAAUAACACCAAUAACAUUAAAGAUAACAGUAUUCUUGAGAAUUUGAUGCAAAAUGAUAAUAUUUUUUUAAAAAACGGGUUAAAUAACCAAUUUAUACUACAAGCUCAAACUUUCACAAACGUUCCAAAUUUAGACGUUUUUAAUAUUCCAAGUCCAACAUGGAAAUUUAAAAAUUCUUUACGUAAAUAUUUUCAAAAACCCGAAGAUUCCGGUUAUUUAAGUAACGAUUCCGAUGAACAAAAAAAACAGAAAUUGCUUCAAUCGGAAAGUGAAGGUAGCGCAGGAGCAGGAAGUGAAACCGACGAAAGUUUCGGCGAUGGCCAAAGUGAAUCCGGCGCCGAAAGUAUCGAGACGCAUUCGGUUUUCUUUGAUAGCUUUCGUAAACCGGCUUGUUUUACCGGAUCUUUAGAUAGCGGAGUUGAUACCGACGUUAAAAUGAAUUCGUUUACGAAUUUAAUGAUUGAUGAUGCUGCAAGUACCGACUCGGAAAAUAUGAGUUUUAAAACGGUUGUAAAUGGAAGAAGAGGAUGAAUUAAUUUUCUUUUUUGAGUGCUAAGAUUUACUUGCUCGUACUGCCAAUAUAGGAGAGAGUGUGAGUAUUAAAAAGGGUUUCGAUCUUUUUCUGAAAUCGUUGAUUAACUGAAUAUUAAUAGUUUAAAAUGGGAUAAAAAAUGUUUUAAAAUAAAGCUUUGUUACAGAAAUUUGUAUAUCAAUAGCUUAAAGGUUUUGCCUAACUGUAAAUGCUUUACUAUACUUUAUUUUUUAAUUCGGAGAAUUAUUGAAGCGCCAAAAAGACGGG